CGCACCCAGAGGGUGGCGCUCAACGUGGGGCAACUUGAAAGUCCCAUACUUCCCAGUUGCAAAAUACCCUACAUCACAAAACCACAUGCUAAUCACUCCUUAGCAUAAGAACCAAUCAGAUCUACUAAAAAUUGCCAUGCUAAUGAAGCACGUAUAGCAGCACCAAUCAGCACAGAGCAUGAGAGCUAUAUAAGCUGGCCCCUUCGUUUAGUCUGGGUCCUGCCCGACACAUUUGUUUCACAAAGAGCUGAAGAUUAAAGCUUUCUGCAGAAGAAUCCUGCUGUUGUUGCGUGCUGUUCUUGCCGGCAAGGACGGGGCGCGCGACAAGUGGUGCCGAAACCCGGGAACCAGAACAUCACCGGCACAGGGAGGACCCUUCAGACAUCUGGAGAGGAUUCAGAACUGCAGGACAGAAGAAAGCCCGGAGAGGGUGAAGAAAACCCCUUCUGGAUCCCAGAGCGCCUGACCAGGAAAGUCCUGAACAAAGGAGAUGGCGUCUCUGUGCCUGUGGAUCCUGCUCUUGUCGAUGGGAAUCCUGACUCAGGGAGUACUGAGAUGGGGAAUAUUGUCAGUCUUCCCUAAGCCCAUGCCUGUUCGCUAUAAUGCAGCAGUUUUUCCACGCUUUUUUACUACUAACUCUAGCAUGAACCUGCCUUACUUACCAUUAGAUUCUCUAGCAGCUUCUUUAGGAGAAAACCGAACCUUUGAAACCGAUGGAUCUUUGUGCUUCACCACUCGUAACCACUCAAAUUGCCUGUCCCUUAAACAGCAUAUGUACGGGUGGUUUAGCCGUGAUAGAAAAUCGGGUGAAUUUAGUCAGUCCUUUCGUGAGAAUAAGACCUACACUUAUGCAGCAGUAAGCCAAAUGGUCCUUUGGAUCAAUGGUACAUUUGUGAAACCUCCUAUUAAGCAGAUUAAUUAUAGCAACAUAUUCUUCCCUUACCGUCCCCGUCAACCCAAAUAUGCUCCCCAUUGUAUGGGAGAUUAUGAGGGAGAGCAAUGGCCCUGGACUGAUUGCCAGUCACAUGCAACAACCUGGGCAGAUGAGGGACACAAAUUUUCCUUGUCCCCAGAUAUGGAGGAAAUUUCCGGCAGCGUUUAUAGAAGGGUGGCAGAAGGAGGGGAGUUCCAACAAGAUGUAGGCAGGAACCCCUUCCAUAAAUGGCUGCUGUGUGGAGUUAAUGGCUCGUGUUCAGACCUUUCUCCCUUUAUUGUCCUACAAGGGGGAGGGAUUGGGAUGUCUAAUAGUUCCUGUACCUAUGAAUCUACAAGCCCAACCUUAGAUGGCAAAACUGUAUACCAGGUGAAUAAGACUACUUAUAAUAUUUCAUGUCAAAGAGUUGCACCAGCCCCUGGCCAAUAUCCACCUACUCCAGUAUGCGUGUAUCCCCCAUUUCUAUUUAUCUUAUCCAAUAACAGUUUUGACUCUUGCUCCAAUGACACCUGUUUCUUGUCUCAGUGCUGGAAUAUAACUGUCCAUUCCAAUGCUUUAGUGGCCCGCAUUCCUCGCUGGGUCCCUGUCCCAGUGGAUUCACCUGAUUCCAUGACCUUGUUUCGUGAGAAAUGUGACUUUGGUGUCACUGCCGCCAUAGUGGCUUUAAUAUCUCUGGCUGCAGUGGCUGCCACUGCAGCUGCCAUAGCCUUGGACACCUCUGUUAAAGCAGCUGCAGAAUUGAAUAAUCUUGCGGAUUCAGUAGCCACUGCUCUAGACCGCCAAUCCUCACUUGAUGGAAAGAUGAAAGGAGGAAUAAUGGUCCUCAAUCAGCGAAGAGUCAAGAACCUCCAGCCAAAGGAACACAUUUCUUACGGUGACAUGCGAGGCACGCUGACGGGCUCUUCACGGUGCGGCAGCCACAGAGGGACGGGCUUCUGCAUCCCCAGCGCCCUGCUCUCGGUGGCUGCAGCCCUGGCAGAGCUGCCGGAGCGUCCCCCGGCCACCACGUCCCCAGGCAACAACUGUGAAACAAGAGGGGAUGACACAGAAUGCCAGGCGCUGCACAUCUCACCCCAUCGGUCUGCCCGUGGACUGCCCGGUGGAGGCUCUCAUGACGUGCCCCAUCCCUCUGCCAAGGCGCACACAGUGAAGGCUCCCCCGGAGGGCGCCGCCCCGGACACGCUAACCAGAGGUAGUGAUGCCUCCCGUUUCCAGAAGCGGAGCACAGCAGCAGCGGCCGCUGGGAGCACUCCUGGUGUGUGGGGAGCUGUGCUGGUGGUGGGGCCCGUCCUGAGAGAAAGCUUCAAGGACACGGUUGUCCCGCGGGUGUGCUGCCUGGUGGCCUUGACCAUCUGCAGCAGCUCAGCGGUGCUGCAGCCCAGCUCCGUCCCUGCAGCGCUGGCCUCGCUCUUCCCAGGCAAGUGCUCCAGGCCCGGCCUACACCGUGGGCACCCAGGUCAGGAACCGGCUGCUGGGGCAGGGAAGGAAUGUUCCCUGCUGCUGACCCUCCAUGACAGCUGGUGA